CAGUAUUUCCGCGAUCGAAUCCUCUCCUUGAAAAUCACAACAACAGACAGCUGUUGUAAGAUGUCGGAUGGUUAUGCAGAAAUAGAAGGUCCCCUGGAUACUAAACAUGCCGGGGACCAAAUGAAAGCAAUUUUGAGAAGGUGCAGAGGACGCCCUAGGCUUACAGACACUGAUCGAGCACAGAGACGACUUGAAUCUCGAAAGAAGUACGAUGUGAGGCGAGUCUACCUCGGAGAGUCACACAAGGUCUGGAGUGAGCUUCGCCGGCGAACGAGUUUGAGUGACGCUGGACUUGCAGAGUACCUGAUCCUACUCAACUCAACAUACGGGGAGCGAUAUCAGCAAAAAUACGGCGGAAAGAAGAUUACUCCCGAAUCAUGCAUGACACAGAGGAGAGUCAAGAAGGAGAGGGUUUCCAGUCUUCGUAGCCUGGUCAGCUGGUACCAGGACCACUUGCUAACCUGCCCGCAUGAACCACAGCUCAAAACACUGGAGCCCCAGCCAGGCUUCUCCACACUGGCUGUCUGGCAGUGUGAUGGCGACCACUCAUUUGUGCAGUACCUCUCCUUGCCUCCAAGAGGGUCCAGCGAGUCCGAGGGGGAGAUACCGUGCGAGGAGGAGGAGGACCUGACGACCACAGAUGGCAUUAUAACCAGGAGGAGAGAGACAGAUGCAGAAACACAGCUCACAGAUGCCGGAGAGGACUCGCAAGGCUCCGGAGCCCAGAUCCCCCUUCUGAGCCACGGUGAGGAGGCCACAGCUCUCAGCCACCUCCCAGGCCUGGACCCCCCUCCCAGGGAAGCCCCGCUGACAGGCCACCUCACCGGGGGCCAGCCCGGGUCCCUCUGGGAGAUUGAGAUGGAGAGGCCGCAAGACCCCGACCCCCACAUCCAAGGACCGGCCUUUGACGCCCUGGGCGAGGCCGUCAACUCCGCGGAGGAGGCUGAAGACCUGAGGAGAGACAGAGGAGAGGGGGACGACGGAGGAGGAGGAGGAGGAGACGAAGGAGGAGAGACAGAGGGCUACGAGUGUGUGGUCGUGACCACGUCCCUGACCGACAGGCUCCACAAACGCGUGGACGGCUCGGCCGAGACCAGCGACCCCAGGGGCGACGAGGCCACGGGCUCCCAGCCCGACCUCUGCGCGGCCGCUGUGCCCAUGGCUCUGCCAGGCCACAUGCCGAGGCAGGGGGAGCUGUUUCACGCUCAGACACUCCAGACCGUGGUGGCCAGCUGUGAAAUACCAGAUCAGCAGGGAUCACUGGAAGGCUCCCAGCUUAUCAUCAUCACGGGCCCCAGUUACGAGGCCCUGGCCUCCGAGGGCAUCCAUCUGAACAUGGGGGGCGGGGACGUAGAGGAAGUCACCUGCACCGUCAUAGAGGGCGUGGCCUACAACCAGGUGUGCCAAUCCGGUGUUGACCCAACGGAGGAUGACGCAAUCACAGAGCUGAGUGAGAAGCAGAUGCUGCAGCCCAGUGUGGAGUCCCCAGGCCUGGAGUCCACCUGUGACCGGGAGCUGGAGAGAACCCUGAGCAGCGUCAGGUCAAAGAGGAGCCGGCGUGGGCCGGUGAUAGAGGCCGACGGCAUGCUGAAGAUGUUCCACUGCCCGUACGAGGGCUGCAGUCAGGUCUACGUGGCCAUCAGCAGCUUCCAGAACCAUGUGAACCUCGUACACAGGAAGGGGAGGACCAAGGUUUGUCCCCACCCCGGCUGUGGCAAGAAGUUCUAUCUGUCCAACCACCUCCACCGACACAUGAUCAUCCACUCUGGAGUCCGAGACUUUAUUUGUGAGACAUGCGGAAAGUCGUUUAAACGCAAGAACCACCUGGAAGUACACCGGCGGACCCACACAGGAGAGACCCCCUUACAGUGUGAGAUCUGUGGUUACCAGUGUCGACAGCGGGCGUCUCUGAACUGGCACAUGAAGAAGCACACCACGGAGGCUCACUACAACUUCACCUGUGAACACUGUGGGAAGCGCUUCGAGAAGCUGGACAGCGUCAAGUUCCACAAGCUGAAGAGCCACCCGGACAAGCAGGCCACCUGAGGAGAUGGAGAGAGAACCGGGUGAAGAUAGGACCCAGAGAGCACCUGGCGAACAAACCGCCACUGAGCUGGACGGAGGGCAUGCCCUCGAGGAACCAGGCGGGCAGACAAAUAGAGACUGCCUGACUGACUGAUAGUUCUUUUAUAGAAGUUGGAAGCCUGUGAACGGAACCUUCAAAGGACAUAAUAACAAUAUGCAGUUGAAGUCUGUUUUUUUUUGGUGGAAGGGACAAACUGCUGGCCCACUGGCCACGCUGCAGAACACAGCUUGGCUAGGUGGCACGCUACAGCCCUGGAUGCAGACUGGUUGCUAGGUGGCUAGGUGGCACGCUACAGGCCUGGAUGCAGACUGGUCACUAGGUGGCAGGCUACAGGCCUGGAUGCAGACUGGUGGCUAGGUGGCUAGGUGGCACGCUACAGGCCUGGAUGCAGACUGGUUGCUAGGUGGCACGCUACAGGCCUGGAUGUAGACUGGUCGCUAGGUGGCUAGGUGGCACGCUACAGGCCCGGAUGCAGACUGGUGGCUAGGUGGCACGCUACAGGCCUGGAUGCAGACUGGUGGCUAGGUGGCAGGCUACAGGCCUGGAUGCAGACUGGUCGCUAGGUGGCUAGGUGGCACGCUACAGGCCUGGAUGCAGACUGGUGGCUAGGUGGCAGGCUACAGGCCUGGAUGCAGACUGGUGGCUAGGUGGCAGGCUACAGGCCUGGAUGCAGACUGGUGGCUAGGUGGCUAGGUGGCACGCUACAGGCCUGGAUGCAGACUGGUUGCUAGGUGGCACGCUACAGGCCUGGAUGUAGACUGGUCGCUAGGUGGCUAGGUGGCACGCUACAGGCCCGGAUGCAGACUGGUGGCUAGGUGGCACGCUACAGGCCUGGAUGCAGACUGGUGGCUAGGUGGCAGGCUACAGGCCUGGAUGCAGACUGGUCGCUAGGUGGCUAGGUGGCACGCUACAGGCCUGGAUGCAGACUGGUGGCUAGGUGGCAGGCUACAGGCCUGGAUGCAGACUGGUGGCUAGGUGGCAGGCUACAGGCCUGGAUGCAGACUGGUCGCUAGGUGGCAGGCUACAGGCCUGGAUGCAGACUGGUCGCUAGGUGGCAGGCUACAGGCCUGGAUACAGACUGGUGGCUAGGUGGCAGGCUACAGGCCUGGAUGAAGACUGGUGGCUAGGUGGCAGGCUACAGGCCUGGAUGCAGACUGGUGGCUAGGUGGCAGGCUACAGGCCUGGAUGCAGACUGGUCGCUAGGUGGCAGGCUACAGGCCUGGAUGCAGACUGGUGGCUAGGUGGCACGCUACAGGCCUGGAUGCAGACUGGUCGCUAGGUGGCACGCUACAGGCCUGGAUGCAGACUGGUCGCUAGGUGGCUAGGUGGCAGGCUACAGGCCUGGAUGCAGACUGGUCGCUAGGUGGCAGGCUACAGGCCUGGAUGCAGACUGGUCGCUAGGUGGCUAGGUGGCAGGCUACAGGCCUGGAUGCAGACUGGUGGCUAGGUGGCAGGCUACAGGCCUGGAUGCAGACUGGUCGCUAGGUGGCUAGGUGGCAGGCUACAGGCCUGGAUGCAGACUGGUCGCUAGGUGGCUAGGUGGCAGGCUACAGGCCUGGAUGCAGACUGGUGGCUAGGUGGCUAGGUGGCAGGCUACAGGCCUGGAUGCAGACUGGUGGCUAGGUGGCAGGCUACAGGCCUGGAUGCAGACUGGUCGCUAGGUGGCUAGGUGGCAGGCUACAGGCCUGGAUGCAGACUGGUGGCUAGGUGGCAGGCUACAGGCCUGGAUGCAGACUGGUCGCUAGGUGGCUAGGUGGCAGGCUACAGGCCUGGAUGCAGACUGGUCGCUAGGUGGCUAGGUGGCAGGCUACAGGCCUGGAUGCAGACUGGUGGCUAGGUGGCUAGGUGGCAGGCUACAGGCCUGGAUGCAGACUGGUGGCUAGGUGGCAGGCUACAGGCCUGGAUGCAGACUGGUGGCUAGGUGGCAGGCUACAGGCCUGGAUGCAGACUGGUCGCUAGGUGGCACGCUACAGGCCUGGAUGCAGACUGGUGGCUAGGUGGCACGCUACAGGCCUGGAUGCAGACUGGUCGUUAGGUGGCAGGCUACAGCCCUGGAUGCAGAUUGGUGGCUAGGUGGCUAGGUGGCAGGCUACAGGCCUGGAUGCAGACUGGUGGCUAGGUGGCAGGCUACAGGCCUGGAUGCAGACUGGUCGCUAGGUGGCAGGCUACGGGCCUGGAUGCAGACUGGUGGCUAGGUGGCAGGCUACAGGCCUGAAAGCAGACUGGUCGCUAAGUCUGUUGCUCACAGUACUCUGUACCUUCCCCAUCCUUGUUUACAUUACAUAUUGUUUACCUUUGCAACUGUUCAAUACCUUGUCCAUGGAUUGCACAUGUUUGUAUUUUUUUUGGGGGGGGGGGCAUCAAAGAUGGGGCUCAGGAUGAAGUCCUAUAUCAUCCUUUCUGGAACUGAAAUGUUCUCCCUGUCACUCACAGAGGUUGUGUGUGUGUGUGUGUGUGUCUUGUUGACUUCUGAGGUCUGUCCCAUGAAGCAAGUUUAAAAAGCCAGGCUUAUGUCAGUUAGUCUUAUUUACAGUUCAUUCGGUUCCAUAAAGCCAGUUCAAUUUAGUACAAGUUCAGUUACUAUGGCAACUUAUGUUGCAAACUAACCUGGUCCAAUGCAAGCGAACUGCCGGGCUUUGCCUGUGUCGUUUCUUCCCAAUCAGGUGUUACAGGGAUGUCUGGCUUUAUGGAACCGAAUCAACUGAAAAUGCGUCAGACCAACUAACUGCCUGGCUUAUUCGGUGAACUUGCUUUAUGCAACGGGCUUCAGAUGUCAGAGGUCAAAGUCAUGUCCUCUUGGCUUCUGGCAACUAUUGGGUCUCACACGCACACGGUUCUGACACAUGCUGGGAUCUUGCGAAAUGUUUUCCUGUCUAGGAGGGUGGGUCGUUGUCGCCUCAUAUUUUUGCCAAUGAUGAAGCGGAUGCACUAAUUUACAGCUACGUUCCUGUUUUCUGUAUGGGUGAACUGGUUCCUGUGAGAUAUGAUAAUGCCAGUCAAUGAUGUACUGUUCUGACACAGAUACAGUAUUUGUGUUUGUUUGAGACAAAUAAAGUAACUGCA